CUCUUCCCACGCCCUCAGCAUUCUCUUCUCUCCUUUAUCUCCUUUUUAUCUCUCUCGUCAGAAAUCUCUCACUUCAUGAUGAGCGCUUAUCCAUUUUUUAUCUUAAAAAAUUGAGAUUUUUUCCUCAAGGUCGGAGAUUAAAUUCUUUCCUCUGUCAUGCUAUCUGUUAGCAUCUCCUAGCCGCAGAUGCAGAUUCUGGGUCGUUACUGUGUGCUGGUUUCUGUAUACUCUGUUCUUGAGUUGUAUGUUCUGCGAAUUCUCGUGGGGUUUUGGGUGAUGGAUGUUACUUCGAUGUUGAAGUUUUUGACUAAGGCAGGUGAGAUUGGAUUUGGGUUUGUUAUUCGCGGAAGUUUCUCCCGGUUUCUUAAUGGAUUGGCGAUGCUCUUGAUUUUUGUGUUAUGCAUGAAGUUUUUUGCAUUUUGGUUGCCAUUUUAAGGGUUUGAUGCGCUUUCUAUGUGAGUUUGGAUCAAAACCCAGAAAUGGAUUUUUCUUCAAAAAUGGCGUCAUUGAAGUAUGCGCUUCAAUGAUCACCCAUUUCAAGUGUGGCCCACUGGAAUCUUCUCAGAAUCUAGAUGUACUGAACAAAAGCAAUUCAAUCUCUGGUAAAGAGAACGCGAAAUCUAACGAUGAUGCUGAUACCAAUUUCAACAUCUCAGAAGAGAAAGACGAUAAUAAUCAAAGUGAAGUUCAUGAUGAGGAUGAGGAAAUCGAUGUAACAACACUGAGAAGACUGGUGAAGAUUGAAAGGCAGCGUGCAGAUUCAGCCUGUGAAGAGCUUGAGAGAGAAAGAAGAGCAUCUGAAUCAGCAGCAGAGGAAGCGAUGGCCAUGAUUCUUCGGCUUCAGAGUGAGAAGAGUUCAGUAGAAAUGGAAGCAAAUCAAUUCCGGAGAAUGGCAGAGCAGAAGCAACAACAUGCUCACGAAGUGAUUGAGUCAUUACAGUGGAUUAACUUGCAGAAUGAAUCUCAGUUUAGCUUAUUGGAAGAUCAACUGAUGCUUUAUAGAGAAAAACUGAGACUAUAUAUGAAUGAAGAUGAAAUGGAACAAUUCGAAGAAGGGCUUGACUAUGACGACAAGACCUUUUCAAGUUUCUCUGUGGAUAAGGAUCUUGAUGACUCAUUAAUUAGCUAAUUUGCAAUUUAUUCACAGAGCUUGUAAGUACUGAAAUUUUCUUGCCACACAGAAUGUAUUCAGCUAAGUUUUCCUCUAACCCCUUUUAGUUCACAAAUGUAUAUUGUACUUACUCACUGAGAUCUUUAAUAGUAGUGAAGGCUCAUAUCAUAUAAAAUUGUCUUUAUAUUUUCUCUUUCAACAUUCACAUUCUCUAGUA